GAGAACGGGCUCUGUUGCCGGCGUCGGUACUUGUCCAUAUGGUCCGCGGGCGGAACGCAUGUGGUCUCCAUCCGUGGUGUGUGACAGCUGUAUUUUUCCCGAAUAAAAUGUCGGCGGGGAGCGCGGAGGACGUGAAGCUGUUUCAAACGAUCGGCCUGAGCGAGCAGAAGGCCAAGGAGACGCUAAAAAAUGCGAACGUCACGAAGAAUCUCAAGCUGGCUAUAAGCGAGGCGGCUAAACAUGGACCUAUCGCUCACGACACUGGCGUUUUGCUAUACCAUCUAGCUUCCAAGAUCAAAAAUCAGAUUAUCGAUAAGAUGGAAUUUAUUGCCGGUUAUAUAGUUGAGAAGAAACUGGACAGCGUACUGAGGAUGGACGCUGCGUUGACCUAUCUGUUAGCUAACGUGAGCAAUGUUCUCGACGUAGCCAAGUUUGAGGAGUCUUGUGGCAUAGGAGUGACAGUUUCACCUGAACAAAUAGAAGAGGAAGUAGAGAAGAUCAUAAAGGCGCACAAGGAUGAGAUAUUGGAAAAGAGGUAUCGCUUUAAUUCUGGCCCGUUGAUGCAACAGGUACGCAGCAGUUUGAAAUGGGCGGACGGUAAAGCGAUAAAAAACGAAUUUGACGUGCAACUCCUCGAUCUGUUGGGCCCAAAAGUUGACGCCGAUCUUGCAUCAGCGUCCAAACCAGCGAAACAGCCCAAGGAAACGAAAGGAAAGAAGCCAGAAAUUGUGAAAGAAGGUAUACGAUUUUCAGAACAGAAGGAGACACCGACCAGCGAGAAGGUAGGCGCGCAAACUAUAAGCGAGCUCAUGAAGACCAAAAUUCAAUUUCAUAAGCCCGGGGAAAAUUACAAAACUGACGGUUAUGUCGUGACGCCGAACACGCAUCGGCUGCUGCAGAAACACUUGAAGGCCACUGGUGGCAAAGUGGUGACGAGAUUCCCACCGGAACCCAAUGGAAUUUUGCAUAUUGGACAUGCAAAGGCCAUCAAUAUCAACUUCGGAUACGCCGCUGCUUACGGUGGCAUAUGCUAUUUACGUUACGACGAUACGAAUCCUGAGAAGGAAGAGGAGAAAUUUUUUGUCGGCAUACGGGAAAUGGUGGAGUGGCUCGGUUACAAACCGUUCGCCGUCACGCAUUCGUCGGACAAUUUUCAGCAAUUGUACGACUGGGCCGUGGAGCUCGUAAAGAAAGGUUUAGCCUACGUUUGUCAUCAAUCCAGCGAGGAGAUGAAAGGUUUCAAUCCUCCACCGAGUCCCUGGCGCGAUAGGCCAAUUGAAGAGAGCUUGCUGCUAUUUAAUGAUAUGAAAGAUGGUUUGUUGGAGGAAGGAGAGGCAACUUUGCGUAUGAAAGUGACCUUAGAGGAGGGCAAGCAAGAUCCUGUCGCAUACAGGAUAAAGUAUUCGCCGCAUCAUCGAACUGGCGAUAAAUGGUGUAUCUAUCCCACUUACGAUUACACCCAUUGCCUGUGCGACAGCAUCGAAAACAUCACUCAUUCGCUGUGCACAAAGGAAUUCCAGUCGCGAAGAUCGUCCUAUUAUUGGCUCUGCAAUGCUUUGGACAUUUAUUGUCCCGUACAGUGGGAAUACGGCCGAUUGAACGUUAAUUAUACUGUAGUUUCCAAAAGAAAGAUUGCCAAAUUGAUACACGAGGGAAUAGUGUCCGAUUGGGAUGAUCCCAGACUGUUUACGUUGACUGCACUACGUAGACGGGGAUUUCCACCAGAGGCUAUAAACAAUUUUUGUGCUCAGAUGGGUGUAACUGGUGUGCAAGCAACCAUCGAUCCCACAGCGUUGGAAGCAGCUGUUAGGGACGUUCUAAAUUCCACUGCCGCCCGACACAUGGUGGUUUUAGAGCCUAUCAAGUUGACCGUCAAAAAUUUCCCUCAAGAAAAUGCCAUAAAGCUCACUGCACCCGAUUUUCCUAACGAUCCAGAAAGAGGCCAUCAUGAGAUUACAUUUGAUGAGAUUGUGUAUAUCGAGGCUACGGACUUCAAAGAGAUUGAAGAGAAAGGUUUUAGACGCUUGACACCGAAACAACCCGUGGGCUUGAAACAUGCGGGUGUCGUAAUAACGUUCGAAAGUAUCGAGAAGGAUGCCAGUGGUAAUAUUACAAACAUAAUUGUUAGGCAAGACCCUGUUUCAGAAAAGAAUAAACCGAAGGCAUUUAUACACUGGGUGUCCCAUCCAGUACUGGCAUCUGUUAGACUGUAUGAGCGUUUGUUCAAGCACAAAAAUCCGGAAGAUACAAACGAGGUACCGCAUGGAUUUUUAAGUGAUAUUAAUCCAUCCAGUAAAAAGGAAAUUGUAGCGUACAUGGACAACAGUCUAGCUAAAACGGCGAAAGUAUAUGAUAAGUUUCAGUUUGAACGUAUAGGCUUCUUUUCUGUCGAUCCCGAUACCAAAGCUAGUAAGCUUGUUUUCAACCGCACUGUAACAUUGAAGGAAGAUACAGGAAAGAUAUAAAUAUAUUUUUCAAGAAAUCGUAUCGCCAAAAACAUUUCUACUACUAUCUAUUUUUACUAUUGUUAUACUUUUUCUACGCUGAGACAAAAUGUGUGCUUUACUGUAUAACAGUGGAACAUUUAGCUUUUCUUAUCAGAGAUUUUAUUUUCUUUUUUAUAAAGAAUUUUUAAAAGAGUAUAUCAGGUAUACGUAAUGGCAUUAUUAGUAAAGUUCCAAACAUAUAAUGCAGUAUAUAUUUUCAUAAUGUAUAUCAUGUGUUAAUAUUCUUUCUUUAUUAUAUAUCUUUAUGUUAUGUAUGACUUGUUAAACUUUGCAUGCAUUUUGAUUUUGUGCGUUAAAUUUCAUGAAUAAAAAAAAUUUAUUAAUAGG